GCUGUCCCCAAGGAUGUCCCGUGUCCCCCCCCGGCAGCCAAGGCCGGUGACCCCAAGAAGGAGGAGGAAGAGGAGGAGGAGGAGAUCGACAUCGACCUGAGCGCGCCCGAGACGGAGCGCGCGGCUCUCGCCAUCCAGGAGAAAUUCCGCAAAUUCCAGAGGCGGAAAAAGGAGCCGGGGCCCUGAGGGGGUCCCGAGACCCCCAACACUCCUGGGGACCCCCCCUGUCCCGAGCCGGGACCCCGAGUGACAGCGGGGGGUGACACAGCCGGGUGGGCUCCUGCGAGGGGCGGCACGGAGCC